AUGGUGGAUCAAUCGUGGUGGAAUCGAGGUGAAGUGCAAGACUUUGUGGCGACUCAUCCAGUCACAAGUGAAUUAAAGUGCCGAUUUUGCAGUAAUAAAGUGAGUGCCGUGAAUAAAGACGGACAUGAGACACAGUGUUUGCUCGCGUGGGUGGCAAGACAAGAAGCACAAAAGAGAAAACAAGAGGUUCAUCGAGUUGGACUGAAACCGGUCGAGAUUUCGUACAAAAAAAAUGACAAAUCGCUUGCCAAGAGCAGAGGUGGCAAGAUGCGCAGUAAGAACAAGUCAGUCAAUGGCAAAUACCAACGACAAGCGACACCGAUGCGGGCGUGUCCGGAAUGUGGUGAAGUAGUGCGACAGACGCUGAUGAUGGGACAUUUGAGGAAUAGUUGUUCGAACAGUCGCCACGCAAUGAAGCGCAAGAACAUGAUGUCGCCGAGGAAGUUUACUAAUGGCGUUCAAGGUGAUGACAAGACUGCAGAUUUGACGGAUGUGUUGUUCGCGUCGUGGCCAGGAAAGAUGAGUGGAGCUCCGAUGGAUUCGACGUACUUUUGGAAAGUUGUCGAAAACCAUUUUUUCAGCAGUGAUGUGCUUGAGAAGAAGCGGAUGGAGCAACUGUCGAAGAGUUUGUGCGGUGUGAAACUGGAGGAUAUGGUGAAGGUCUCGCGUCGACGGCCUCUGCAAGCGUCUGAUAUUCAUUGUCGAGAUACGAUGCGAUUUGAACGAAAUAUGGAAGACCCACAACAGCCUCUGGUGCUCAAAACGUGUGCGCACAAGUGCGAUUUUUUCAUGCGAGCAAGUCAUUGCCGUUGCGUGAGCGAUCCUGCUGCUAAGCCAAGGAUUGAAAUCUGCCAUAACCUCGAGUGCACGAAGCUGAAUACCAGCCAGGAUGUUGAUUCGGUCUUAAUGCACGCUCUAGACGGUUUCGAAGCCGACAUUUCUGUGCUCAUUAAGAAUGAAGAGAACAUAGCAGUUGGUUGCAGAUAUUCGAUGCGCGUUGUGCGGGUAGGUACCAUGAGCCAGCAUGUUGCGGAUACUGGGACGUUUGCGAGCAGUUUUCAGCAUGAUGCUUUGUCCACGUUGAUCGGAUUCGACAUGCAGGCGAAUAAACUGCCGUUGACAAAUGGGAAUAAGCUGAUGAUAUCACUUACCGCUUGCGACCCUGUUCAGGAGGUCUCAAUGGAGAAACCGCUAGAGACCAUCUCGCAAGUGACAUCUAUUGUACAACAUCCUCCUGACACGGCACUCAUCGAUGGUUUAACACCAGCGAUUAACCUUCUUAUGGAACACCUCAAAGAUACGACGGAACAGAAUCGCUAUCGUAUUCAUAUGCUAUACAGAAAGUUGCAAAGGAACGAGAGUGACGAUAGGAACUUCCGUCUAUUGGCACAGGUUACUGACUCACACUAUCGUGAAUUUGCAGCUUGGAAGCUGCUAUGCAUGAGCUUAUUAAUCGGUUAUAAAAUUGAAGAUCAGCUUGAAGUAGACAAAAAGAAGAUAAGUGAAAGUGAAGAACAAGAGGGUUGUACGGAAGACGAGGACAGUGCAAUUGAUGAUGGUACCUGCGUCGUGUGCUUCGACGGUCAGUCACCAGAAGCGAAUCCGAUUAUUUUCUGUGAUCGUUGCGAGCUGGCAGUACAUCAACGCUGUUACGGAAUGGCCAAGGUUCCUAGCAAUGAAUUUAUUUGUGAUCGUUGCUUAGCUACGCGAGAAGGGCUGGACCCGGCAAGGGAUGUUUUCUGCCAGCUCUGUUCCUUGGGUGACGGUGCAUUUAAGCGCACAAUCGACGGAAAGUGGGUACACGUGGUGUGUGCGUUGUGGUGUCCGAAAGUGUGGAUUGGCAACUUGUUGGAUUUUUCGGACAUUAGCUUGGUAGGUACUACCAAUCAAGCACGAUUUAUGAACUCAGUGGAAGAAAUAGGUGUGCGUAUGAAGCUAGCGUCAGGUGGCCAACAUACAACUCCAAAAACUGACGAACACUGUGACAUUCCUGCCAUUGAGUUGGGCAGCCUUUGCGUGCACUGCAGAGUCGCUUGCGGACGUACAAUCCAGUGUUGCCACCCAGGGUGUUCUACGUCCUUCCAUCCCCUGUGCGGAUGGUUCGACGGCUUGCCUAUGACCGUUUCACUUGGAGACGAUCGAUACCUGUAUGCCGGAGGAGGAGCUGGGCUAAACUUUCAGCUAUUCUGCUCGAGCCAUUUACCUGACAGUUAUACUGUAUUGGAUCAGUUAGCCCAGCGCCGUCGGCGAGCUCGGUUUCGGAUCGAUUCAUUUUUCGUCAUGCGAAACAAGGAAAAUUACAGCAAUGACGCGAAGAGACAUUCCGAUGAUGAGUCUUCUUUGUUGUCUGGAUCGAUUGUUCAAGCCGUGCUUUCGGUAGAGAACAAGAUUACUUCUACUGUGAAUGACCCUAAUAUGACGGAUUGGACCGAUAUGACGGUCUGCUCGGCGUGCUUCGAGUAUUGUUCGCCAAUCGUCGGGGAUCUUGUGGACGUGAAUAUGCUACAUCGAAGGCAAUUUAUGAUACGUUGCCAGUACUGCAAUGUCUACAUUCAUCCUGAGUGCUGCAUUUCGGAUAUUGGAUCAUCCGCUACGAUAUUUAAAAGUAACUGGAUAUGUGAACGGUGUACGCAAACAGGAGGCAAAGAAGCGCCGGCGUGUGUUGUUUGUGCUAAGGCAACCGAUUACAUGAUGCCUUGCAUCGAUCCUCCUAUCUUCACGAAUCAGCUGAACGGUCAAGCUUAUUUGGACUCAAAAUCAGCACUCCCGGCGACUCGCCCAGCCCCGAGUGGCGGCCAGCAACUUUGGUUACAAGCACACCAGAAUAUGCGGCGACAACAGCAGGGACAUAUAAAUUCUGACAGCAGCAAGCACCCGCCGCAGUUACAGGGAAAAGGGAGUAAUGGAAUAUCCCAUCUUUCUUCGAAUAGAUGGAUUCACGUUUACUGUGGCAAGUGGCAGAAAGCUAAAACGGUCAAGAGACAUCACAUGCUCUGUGCCUACGCUCUUACUCUGAAGUCUGAUGGCAUGGCAUCGCGAUGCGAGUUUUGCGAUAUGAAAGAGGGCGUACUUGCGAAUUGUGCUCAGUGUUACCGUCGAUUUCAUCCAAUUUGUGCGGCACAGAAGAAGUUAUGUUGCGCUCGAUCAAAUCGCACCGAGUGGAAAUUCUACUGUGAGGCUCACCCUCCACAUAGUGCAGCAUUUGAUGCAACUCGCCAAUGUUGGAUGACCCAAGAAAUACUGGGCCAACUGCAAGACCUUCGUCGCUCCCUCGAGCGUGGAAGGAUGCUGUUAGAGAUGUCCCGCCAACGAGAUCGCCAACAGAAACGUUUACUCACUUUUUGCAAGCUGCCGCUCAUGGAAGCAUCGAUCGAAAUGAUUGUGAAAAGGCGUCCGACCGCACAGAUGAAGAAGGUUUAUCACGACCUCACGGGAGAAACGUUAAUUGACGUACCACAUCGCACUAAAGCGGCUCCAGUGUUGCGACGCAACUCGCGAAGCCGCGUAAGAAGCGAUACUGCAGUGAGAGAUCAUUCCACCCGUGCGACUAAGCGCUCGUCUGCCCAAGCAGCGAUUGCUUCUGAGAGGAGCUCAAAGCGCUGUCGAACACGCGCUGAUUCUGAUGGAUUAAACAGGAGCGAUCAAAGCCAACGCCGAAGUUCUCGGCAAAAGCCUGUGCGCUUUAACCAGGGGAACCCGGAUGAUGAAGAUGUAGAAGGAGGUGACGAAGAUGACGAGGUGGAGGCUUUAAAGAAGGUGUGGGCAAAUCUCGCGGUACCCAAGGAACUCGAUGAUUUUGAUUUGAUCGUUGCUGAACGCUUUUCUGAACUAGUGGCUGUCAGCGCGCUUUUGAGCUUUAUGGGAGAAUGGGGAGUGAAAAUGGUGCUGCUGCUGUUUGAACGUACGAGCAAAUGCGCGAAAGAUCGGCUACGACAGCAAGUCGUAACAUGCGUCAAGCAGAAUCAUUGGAACGAUGUAACGUAUCAUCACGAGAACUUGGCGAAGUCAGUUGUUUAG